GCCCUCGGCAGUUGCCGAGGCUUCCCGCAGCCGUCAUGUCCGCCAGCGCCGUCUACGUGCUGGACCUAAAGGGCAAGGUGCUCAUCUGCCGGAACUACCGUGGCGACGUGGACAUGUCCGAGGUGGAGCACUUCAUGCCCAUCCUGAUGGAGAAGGAGGAGGAAGGGAUGCUGUCACCCAUCCUGGCCCACGGGGGAGUCCGCUUCAUGUGGAUCAAGCACAACAAUCUGUAUCUGGUUGCUACCUCCAAGAAGAACGCAUGUGUGUCGCUGGUGUUCUCCUUCCUUUAUAAGGUGGUGCAGGUGUUUUCAGAGUACUUCAAGGAGCUGGAGGAGGAGAGCAUCCGUGACAACUUUGUCAUCAUCUACGAGCUGCUGGAUGAGCUCAUGGACUUCGGCUACCCCCAGACCACCGACAGCAAGAUCCUGCAGGAGUACAUCACCCAGGAAGGCCACAAGCUGGAGACGGGGGCCCCGAGGCCCCCAGCCACCGUCACCAACGCGGUGUCCUGGCGGUCUGAGGGCAUCAAGUACCGGAAGAACGAGGUGUUCUUGGACGUCAUCGAGUCCGUCAACCUCUUGGUCAGUGCCAAUGGCAACGUGCUGCGCAGUGAGAUUGUGGGCUCCAUCAAGAUGCGGGUCUUCCUCUCAGGCAUGCCCGAGCUGCGCCUGGGCCUCAACGACAAGGUUCUCUUCGACAACACGGGCCGUGGCAAGAGCAAGUCCGUGGAGCUGGAGGAUGUGAAGUUCCACCAGUGUGUGCGACUCUCACGCUUCGAGAACGACCGCACCAUCUCCUUCAUCCCCCCAGAUGGCGAGUUCGAGCUCAUGUCCUACCGCCUCAACACCCACGUCAAGCCCUUGAUAUGGAUCGAGUCCGUGAUCGAAAAGCAUUCCCACAGCCGCAUUGAGUACAUGAUCAAGGCCAAGAGCCAGUUCAAGCGGCGGUCAACGGCCAACAACGUGGAGAUCCACAUCCCCGUGCCCAACGACGCCGACUCCCCCAAGUUCAAGACGACAGUGGGGAGUGUGAAGUGGGUCCCCGAGAACAGUGAGAUCGUGUGGUCCAUCAAGUCCUUCCCGGGUGGCAAGGAGUACCUGAUGCGGGCCCACUUUGGCCUUCCGAGCGUGGAGGCGGAGGACAAGGAGGGCAAGCCCCCGAUCAGCGUCAAGUUUGAGAUCCCUUACUUCACUACCUCUGGCAUCCAGGUGCGCUACCUGAAGAUCAUUGAGAAGAGCGGCUACCAGGCUCUGCCGUGGGUCCGGUACAUCACUCAGAACGGAGAUUACCAGCUCCGGACCCAGUGACGGGCCCCACGGCCAGCGCUGGCGCUCCAGGUGGAAGCAC